AUGCCCUUCGACCUUUCACUUUCACCGCUUGGGCCGGAACCAAUGUUCGACGUAUAUUUCCAAGGUCUCGCGCAAGGCGCAGAUCAAUAUCGAAUAUUCACACCCGGCUGGCUUGGGGCUGAAGAGACACACCGCCUGAAUCAAACCCCAAUAUCCAUGGCCCCUCCUAUUGGUAAUGGUACGGUUGUCGAGGGUUCUCUCGGGAGCGACGACGUCCACGGAAGGCGCUCCUUUGCUGCCGCCAGCGAGCCGGCAGAGUCUGUGCACACUUUGGCGAGUUACGACAAGCCUGACCUCUUUUCAAUCGACAUUCCUCCCGCCAUCGCGGAGCAUCUGUUAGAUCUCUACUUCCAAAAAAUACAACCAGCGCUGCCUCUUCUUCAUCGCCCGAGAUUUCUUGCCUCGUUACCAGGAGCAGGUCAAGUUGAACACCAACUCUACCAGAACCUCGACCUUGAGUCUGCUCUCUUGCUGAAUGGUAUCUUCGCUUUAGCAGCCCGAUUCUCAGAGAAGACGGACUUCUGGACUUGCGAACCGAAGAUGCGGGGGGAGCCCUUUGCCAAAAAAGCUCAAGUACUAUGUGAUCUAGGCUCUCGGGAUGAGGACGAAGACCAUCUGACCAUGAAAUAUCUACACGGCUGCAUACUUCUUACAUAUUACCAGCUGUCGUCACGCCCGUCGUUUCGAGCUUGGGUGGGAGUCGGACUCUGUUGUCGGCUGGCAUACGCGCUAUGUGUUCAUCAGGUCGACCGCGACAGCGAAUCCUCACCUCCAGACGCUCAGAUAUCGGUAGAGGACUGGUGCGACAAAGAGGAACGACGACGAGCAUGGUGGGUCAUUUUCCAGAUGGACAAUUUCGCAAGCGUGAUUGGAGCUCGACCAUUUAGCCUUGACAUGAAGAGAUCAGACGUUUGGCUGCCAGUGUCCGACGAAGCUUGGUUUGAUCUCCGACCAGUGGGAUCGGCGCCCAUAUCAUCGAAAGGUCCUGCAGCCGCCUGGAGGAGUCUUUUGGACACCGAAAACAAAGAUGCAUACGCGUGGUAUCUCGUGGGCAAUUUUCUUCUACGGUCGGCACAAGAGGAGUUUGAGAAGAGAGAUCGUUCUUUGGGCAAUCUCAAAAUCCUUCAGUCCGCCAUCCACUGCUUUUGCCUCAGUCUACCUCCAAACCUGAGGAUGAAAUCGAAAAAUUUGGACUUUGCAGAAAACAGUUUCAGGGACAAGAACUGGAUCAUCGCCAUGCAUUUCAUCAUCCAUAGCAAUAACAUCAUCGUCAAUCUUGGACUCUACGCCGAAGGGCUGAAGAAUCAAGGCUCUAUAAUGUCCGAUGUAUCGCCUCUCCAGGAUGAAUCGACCAGUCUCGAGAUGUCUGCUGGGAGCCCUGCCCAGCAAUGUGGCAAGGUGUUGAGAGACCAGAUUAGCGUAGUACGUAUGUGGACGCCCGAUUUCAUUGCCCUCGCAUCGCCUUUUAUCACCGCUGCCAUUGUUGGCCCAGCCGCAGCACACUCCGCCGAUCGCUCUCUUCUCGAAUCAGAUGUACGGGACGAAGCUCUUGCAGCUCUCGACGGCAACCUUCUCGACUUGGUCUUGCGGCGAUUUUCCGAAUACUGGGGGAUUGGACAAUUUUGCCUUGGUGAGUGCUGGCAUUGGCAUGGGCGGUCCUGUUUCUGA